AUGUUUAAUGAACUAUGGAAGUUUACAUUGCGUUCAUUACUUCCUAUCCGCAGAAAAUUUAUGUUUGACUCUCCUACACUUUCCAAGAACAAUCUUUGCAAGAUUUGUGUUUAUCCCAGAAGUCGUGUAUACCCCGGUGCCCAACCCGAAGAAGGUUCCCUAGCCGUCUCAGGGUCGUACUCCUACGUUGGUGAUGAUGGCCAGACCUAUACCGUCACCUACAUAGCUGAUGAGAAUGGAUACCGCGCUGAAGGAGCUCAUCUGCCCACCCCUCCACCCAUACCUGCUGAGAUCCUGAAGAGUUUGCAAUAUACUGACAGCACUCAAGCAUAUCUUCAAAAUCCAGUAGGUCCCAACAACGCUCAAGUAAAUCCAAAUUUAGCAUCGUGGGCUCCCCUACUAUUACACCACGUGUGA